AUGGACUCCAGCGCGGGGGAAUAUGGCAUGGGUCGUCUCGGAUUGUUUUGGGUUUUUUUCACGGGGCUGAUGUGGAGAUUUAGCGAUGCUUGCCCCGCAUCCUGCACUUGCAGCAUCUCAAGGAUUGUUUGUAUUGAUUCCGUGCCGGGGCUCGAGGAUUUCCCCGUGCUCACGUUGGAUGACAUGGAAAACAUCACGGAGAUGUAAGUGUAUGGAAAAAAAUGACAGCGUAGGAACUUAAUAGGGUGCAAUGCGUAGAGAUCGUAGGUCGAAAAAAUAUCAUUGGGCUGGGGAUUAAUCUCAUAAUAAAGGUGAUGAUAACAUCAACAGCAUUAUCAAUAACAGCUGGCCUGAGUCGAUUCCCGCGUGAACAUUAAUCAUCACCCAAAUCUGUCUGGUGCGUCAAAUGUCAACACCAAAAAUUCACGAUUUUAUUCUCAUUUGGGUUUCGUCAGAUCAUCUAGCCUAGUGUGAGUGCGCGCGUGUGUCUGUGUGCGUAUGUGCCACUAACGACGACAGCGUGUGCGCGUGUGUGUGUGUGUGCGUAAUGGUGGUGAGAGUGCGCGUCAGGCUGAUUUGGAUUAGUCGGUGCUUCCUUUACAAAAACAGCUCCAGAGGUGGUGUGGUGAUGGAGUAAAAUGUUGAAAGGCCGCGUACAGCCUCCUCAAGGUGUUCACUCCACCUCGGGGCGUCGGUGUAAAAAAAAAGAUAAAGACACUACAUUAAAAAAAAGAAGAAGAAGAAGACCACCACCACGCUGUUUACAGAUUACACAUGAGAUCAACACAGCCGGAGACAGCUGUGCAGCCGUUUGUAUUUGCGUCAUUGUGUAGGCUUGUGUGUGUCGGUGUGUACCUGCUACAACCCUGCACAAGUAUAUACAACUGCAUGGCACCCACAGGAGCACGGAGGGGAGACUGUGGGUGAGUUUGGUGAGGCAGACAGGCUGGGGCAGGGUGUCACAAACUCGUCGUGUCUGAAAACAACAGAAUUUUCUUGCGAGUUUAAUACGAAUCGAAGCAGCUGUCUUGCAGUUUUUAUGCUUAAAUCCUCCAGACAUCACAUGUAAAACACAACAUUACAAUGGGCUCUAAAGAUCCCACAGUGUGUUCAAAAACUCAUGUGUCCCAUUGAAAUUCACAGCAGGAAAUUCAGAAGUUGUCUUGUGUCUGUUGACUUAAAAAGACUCCUAAUCCAGGAUAUCAUACUGCAUUGUAUUGUUUAAACUACACUCAGCAAUUUCUUGCCAUGUUUUUAAUCCCAGAUUGUUGUGUACUUUCUGUUGCUAAAGCUACAAUCCACAUAAACUUGUGUGUUUCCUUCAUGUUAAAAUUUCAUGCAACCUGGUGGCAUGUUGAGCUAAUUAAAAGCAGCAAAACAACCAAUAAAUCAAAAUUUACCUUCCUUUCCACAUUAGCCAAUUUGUCUCUGUAGCAUCAAAAUAACUAAGUUUCAUGUUUCAGCUAACUGAACUGCUCAAUCAAAAAUCUUUAUUACUUCAACAAUUUCAUGUAAUAUUUUUAUCCAAAACUGGUCUGACUCUACAACGAUAAAUCUCUAGUUAAACCACACAUUUGUAUUGUUUUUCAUAUAAAAACUAUAGUGAUUAUCUAACAUAAAUAACCAAGAUGAAUGAUAUGUUUGUAUAAUUAAACCUAGGGAGCAGUUUUUGUCUUAUUACACAUAGAAGUUAGAUGAGAAACACAGUUCAUGUGAACAUUAUUAAAAAAUAAAGACCUUAUGUUCCCCCACUACGCCGCGUUAACACUUGCUGUCAAACUGCUUUCCAAUAUUCAAAUGGCUUAACAACAGAUCUAUUCCCUCUGUAAAAGAAUUCUACAUGAAAUGUAGUCAAUUAUGUGUUCUUGUCAUAUUAUAGUUGUCGUUUUAGAGACACAUGUAAUGUAAAAUCUAUGUUUUGCAGUUGUGCUAACAGCUAUUUCUCUUUUUUGUUUCACAGAUACAUUGCAAAUCAAAACAGACUGUUUGACAUCACUGAUAACAGUCUGAGGCACUACAUAAACCUCAGAAACUUGUAAGUAUUAUCUGCAGGUUCAUCUCUAAACCACAAUAUCCAAACUUGAAUCAUACAUCACCUAAUAACUCGUGUUUUCCUAUCCAACAGAACAGUGAUGAAUACGAGACUGUCGUCGAUAUCAUCAGACGCAUUUUUCAACAAUACAAGACUCCAAUAUGUGUAAGAGGCUUUUUAAAGACCCUGUUCAGUGACUUGAUUAGUGAAAAGCUUCUGUUUUUAAGUGUUUCAUAGUUUAUAUGUGUCUGUCCUUUCAGAAAUCUCAGAGACAAUAACCUAUCGACACUUUCAUGGAGAACCUUUCAGAAUUUUAAUGCAUCAUUACCGUAAGUUUCAUGUUAAAACUGCAGGAUUUUUGUAUCCAGGACAGAAGAAAAAGUCUCUCAUGUUGUGAUUUUUAUGUACCUUUUAGGCUCUUCCUGACUGGAAACCCGCUGGAUUGUGUUUGCGAGAACUUGUGGAUCAAACUGCGGCUCCUGGAAGACAGCGACAGUCCUGAUCUGAGAUGUACAGACGACAGAGGAGUGACGCAGGCCUUUGCUACACUCACCCCUCCAGACUGUGGUAAUGUGAAACCGUGUUAAAAUAAGCAACGCCGGGUAUCUGAUAUUGAAGAUAUUGAUUGAUUCCUGAAGACAGAGGAAAAAAAGAGGCCGAAACAGAGACAGGAUCAAAUAAAUCAAUGUAAAGUCCUGCUCAGAUGUUCAAGUUGCACUGUUUUCUUGUGUUUCGCAGAGGUUCCCAGAGUAGAGGUCGACCCGAGCACUGUGACAGUGAUGCAGGGGAGCAGAGUGGAAGCUGUGUGCAGCGCCUCGGGCUCGCCUGUUCCUGAGAUCCUGUGGAACCUUGAUAUGCUCUCUACCCACUAUGAGGUGAGCCGGUCCAGCACACAGUCCUGUUUAAAACAAUGGAAGAGAUUCAUGAAUUUAGGUCACUGAUAUUUUUAAAGUUUUAUGUUUGUACACAAGGGAAAAACAUGAUAAAACACCAAUGUUGAAAUCACGUUGAACUUGGAUGAGCUCUUUGGAGUUUUUCACUACAAUGGAAUGGAGGUCAUGUUUUUAAAGCUGUGGACUUGAGUCAAACCCAGCCUUCAAAAUUGCAUUACUAAGGAAGUGCGUUCCUUUAAUGCAGUUUGUAUAUAACUGACACAGUUAUUAUUUUUUUUUUCAUAUUAAUGCACAUGGCCUGUUUCAACCUUAAUGAAUGAGACAAAAAAGCACAAAAAAAGACACUCACUUCCAGUAUCCGUAUGAACAUGCAGGACACAUAAAAAAAACUGGCAGAGAGAGAAUGUGAACUGAGACGUCUCGCUCAUAUUUUCAUCACAGGCAUUCAAAAUCUUAAAGUUAUCGAUGAAAAUUGUCGCCUCACAGAUAUAAAAAUGCCUCUGUGGAUGUGACAUAUUUUCAGCCGUGCAGAGGAUUGUGGGCCAGAGUAGCCUACAGCUGUGAUAAGCAUGCUGGCUUACACGCUGCAGAGUGAGACCAGAUAUAGACUGGCAUCUGCUAGACAUUUAUCGAAACAUACAGCACAGGAAGAAGACAGGAGACAUCAGAGGAGCACGAUCAAUACUAAACUUGAAGUAACUGCAACAGGAGCGUUAUUUUUGGAGGCACAUUUGACCUAGAAGUAUUGUUUUAAAACACAGCUGUUAAAGCUCCUGUAAGAAUCUGUCUGUGUUGAUUUUGGCGCCCCUUUGUGGGCCAAAUGGUACCUCUUAUCUCUGUCAUCUCACAAUCUAUCACAGAACAGAGAACAUAGCAGAAGGCUGACAACAUAAUGCUGCAUUGAAAUUGUUUCUAAGGUAAAAUAACUAGAGUAUUAGCAUCCAAUUACCCUUCAAACAAAGUUUAAAAACCUGUAAAUGCAGCUUUUAUGCAGUUAAACACAUUUCAGAUAGUUAUGAGUUAUAUUAAGGUUUAAUGGUGCAUCAUUGUUGUCAUUAAGUAAAUGGUGCACCAGCUAAAGAUGAGGUUUAUUUUUACACUGCUGAGUGGUUUUUAUUUAUCUAAAAGGAUUCAAUAAAGCUUAAUGUCAAUCCAUAAAAAUGCAUCAUAAAUUAAUUAUUGAUUGAAGUUUCGAUUCUUCCUUUGAGUCUGAAGUCAUAAGACGCAAUUAGGCGGAGUUUAAAGUAUGAUAAUACUCGCUCAAUUGUUAUAGAGUAUAGGUUUAAAGUGGCAUAAAUAAGGGGAGCAACUGUGCAGUCAACAUGUAGCAUGUUUAACUGAUGGGUUACAUGAAGAUUAGCAUCACACACAAGAUAGUAUUAAAUAAUAAUGUUGUUUACAGAUUGACCCGUUGGAUAUGGAGAGCAGAAUCACUCUGUCAGACCUGUCUCCUGAUGAUAAUGGCAGGGUGAUCAUAUGCAGUGCUGAAAACAUGGUGGGUCAGACGGAGGCCUCUCUGCAGCUCGAUAUUCUCUGUAAGGACUUUUGACUUUUCUCUCAUUGUUGACUUUAACUAUCAAACAACUUCACAAUGCAACUUUCUAUUUACAUCUCUGAGUGUCUACAUGCCGACUACUAGGCGUUGUUUUUCUCUGUGGAAGCACAAGGCUCCUCACUUUGUUAUCAUUACUGUCUCUUGGUAAAUCUUAUUGACUCUCCAUGUUUCCUGUCCAUAACUCUUCCUCCUGUGAAGCUCCUCAUGCCUCAACCCAGUCCUCCACUUGUAUACGGCCACAUUUCUCCUCUUUCCUCUUUGUUGUCUUAUGUCAGUGUUCAAAUGUUUUGUGCACAGUCUUUCCUCUGCAUCAUCCCCAGAAUGCUUUUCCUCUCUAACCAGGGGCAAGUCCAAGGGUGGCCAUGGGUGGCAUAUGCCCCCUUAUUAAAAUUUUAAUCUUAUGGUCCUUACACAGCGGGAGAGUUUUUUUCGUGCACAUCAAUAUUUUUUUUCGAACCUGUAUCAUGUCGAUACAAGCGUUCACAUCAGUGAUGUUUUCCCGUCCUGCGAUAUUGCGGCAUUUAUUUUUUCGGAUCACAGUUGAAUUUUCUAAAGUUUUGCAUACUGUGUGUUCACUUCCGACCAAUCAGAUUGCGUUUUGUUGCGACGUCUGAUCCACUGGUAUAUCCAACAUGGCCGAUCAGCUGAUUGUUUACCUGUCAGAGAACAAAGUGCUUUUUGAUCAACGACACAAAUAUUACAAAGAUGACGACCUGAAGGACAACUUGUGGUGGAGAGUCAUAGCAUCGAAUUUCUCAUAUGACAAUAGUUUGUGUGCUUUAACAGUUUGCUAAACGUCUUUGUUUUAACUUUCAACUGUGCUAAGUAACUUUAGCUCAUAAGCUAACCUGUUCAGAUACAACAUACCAUAUCUAUUUUCACUGUCUCAAACUCAAUCGCGUUGCUGUCACAGCGCCAUUAGGUCUCAGUUGUUGCCUUACGUUUAUGGAUUAUAGUUUAAUUUGCUUAUCUGGUACUGAAUCACCUCUGAUUAUUUAAUAAUUUUGUGUCGUAUAUUUGCGUCAGUCCUGGUGUGUAAGGACCUUUAUAAUAUAUAAAUGACUCCUUAUCUGGUUUUAGGCAAGACUUAGCAGGCUGUGUUUUUACAGGUUGCGUAUGCUUUUUGUGGCAUAUUUUCUUAUCUUUAACUGCAGUAUCAGGAGAUGAAGCUUCCUCUUGAAUUCUUUUGAAACAGUUAACACUAUUUUGUUUAUUUUUCUAUUUGUAAUAUUUUAUCUAACUGUAGUCCUUUAAAGUAAGAUUUUAGAGGGACAGAAAGUGUAAAUAAAUACUUUAAAAACAUAUUUUGGAUCACUUUCCUCAACAAAAAUCAGAUCACUAAGGCCCCGUGUCUAACCCCAUAAAUGUAUCUUCUCCUGCUGCCUCUCUUUGGUGUUGACUUCCUAUCGUCCCGUUAUUACUCUUCCUGUACUGUUGCCUCCGUGUCAGUUGCCCCCACCAUCCAGCAGUUGCUGGCACCUGAGCGGAACCAUCAUUGGUGCAUCCCCUUCAGCGUGACAGGGAACCCCAAACCCGAUCUGCAGUGGUACCACAAGAACAAGGCUCUCGAGGAGCAGGACUUCAUCCGCACCAUGAUCCAUGUCUCCACCAAGAGCGAGUACCACGGCUGCCUGCAGCUGGUGAACCCCACUCACAUACACAAUGGUGUGUACAGACUGGUGGCCAAGAACAAGUACGGCAGAGACGAGAAGAAGGUGUCUGCGCAGUUCAUCGACCCGCCUGACAUCGGCCACCCAGGUGUGAACACACUCUCUCAUUUUUCACGGCUCUUUUCUGUGGCUAAUUUGUCUGUAUGAACGCUAACAUAUGCAUUUGUUUGCUUCUUUGAAACAGAGGACAUCUACUAUUGUAAGUAAAGUUCAGCUUUAUCAAAUCAACAACUGAUCCACCAGCUAGUGAGAUAAAAACUGUGUCUAUAGUGUAAAUAAUUUUACUGUCUCUUUCUCCUCAUAUGGCCUGAUCCCGAUUCUGCAGAUCCCACCAGUAAGUGUUUUAACUUAAAAAAUGUACUUUUUGACAAACAAAAAGUUCCUAUUAUUGCAGAGCAGAUCACUUAAUACCAUAUAGCAUCCAUAAUAUGCAAACAUCACAAAUUUUGUCUUACACUCAGUACUCAUUAAACUCUAAUUACACAUAACGACAAAUAGAUAAUGGUUGUUAAACCUCACUGUGUGAUGGAAGCCAGUGUUGUAGUUUUUCACCACAAAUAGAUGGUCAAUAGAAGUUGUUUCACAAGUUCUGAUUUUGAUUAAAAGUUUAAAGUAGUAAAACUUGAAAGUAUUAAAGAAAAGUAGUACUCUGUUAAAAUCAUACUUAAGUGCUGGUUUUGAGAAAAUAUAUUUAAAUGCAACCACUAGCUUGAACUGAAUUACUGGUUUUGUCUUUAUAUUUUAACAUUGUUCUUCUUUUUUCAGACUCACCUCCCCUGGAUGUAGCAGUAAGUGAUCCCGAACCGUUUUGAACAUUUUCAUGACACGUUUCUGACUCUUGGUUUGUACUUGUUUUUAAAACCUUGUUUUGUUGGGAGUGUACUUAAAUACCAUCUCAAAUGAUCCUGAAAGAAAAGAAAAAACUGAAAAAGGACAGAUCAUUUUAGUUGGUGUGUUUCAAGCUACCCAGUCUUUUUGUCCUCUAGGUGUAUGUCGUCGUUGGAAUCGCGGGUGUUGCAUUAACUGGGUGCAUCCUGAUGGUGAUUAUACUGAAAUAUGGAAGAAACUCCAAGUUUGGGAUUAAAGGUAAGCUAAUUUUUGGUCAAGAAACUGCUCGACAAAGUAAAAAUGACACUCAGGGCUCUCUUGAUUUAUGCCGAGGGAAUGGUCUAGUUUAAAUGUAAUGUUUAGUUUAUUAUAGAGUUUAAACUUGUCUUACACCCGACCCUGAGUAGGUGUAAAGUCCUCCAUGAAAUACUGGUUGUCCUGGCCAAGAUGGGAUAACUUGGAAGAGGGGAAGCAAAAGGUUUUGCUGGCUGUUCUGUGUUGUCAACAUGUCGUCCACAGCUAAAAAUGCAUCAGAGCUUUGACUUGUACUUUUCUUUUUUCAAUAGUCGAGAUAAUUUCAUCUCUGCUAUCACAGAGCAGGCCUAUAGCUGAGCUAAAGCGUGUCAAAGCUGUUGUGUGUUUUCACCGCUUGAUGCUGUUGUGUGCUCCUCACAGUUUAGACACCAGAUGUUUGGAAUCAGAGUCAGAUGGGUUUAGUUAUAACCCCGCGUACACACCCUAGUUCUGAAGAAGUGUCAUUGUGGUACAACAGUGUUUUGAUAAGAUCCGCGGUCAACGGAGGAAAAUGUUUACAAGUUCAGCUUGUUCUUUUCCUUUUCAAGUGCCAGAAAUCUGACAAGAUACUGAUAAAUGUGUCCGGACCAAAGAUGUGUUUUCAACUGGUCUCCAAAAUAAUGGCAGGAUAGGUCAAAGAGCUCAAGUGAAUAUCCAUGUCCUGGCCAAAGACAAACUUUUCAUAAAUUAUCCAUAAAAUAGCUGAGUGAAGAGGGGGCAACAGUGACCGGGUUAGGCCAAACUGUCACCGAAACUCAGCUAUGGGUUAAAGCUCCUGUGAUGAUUUUUUUUCUUUUUUUUUCACUUAAACCACAGUCUAAAUUUCAUAUUGAUGCCUCUUUAUGACAUACAACAGUGAACAAGGUCAUCAGCAACAUGACUGAUGAGUUUUAAGGUCCUUACAUGACGCGAAAUAACGAAAUAUUUGGAGGUAAAUUUUGACAUGCCUGACUAUACACAUCAAGCCUGAUGCGAUUUUGCGACUUUCCGGGGGGAAAAAAGACGCAUCCCGGGUGGAAGCUAGAAAACUGACACAUCACCAGACCGACUGUUUUUCAGUUCUGAUUAGACACUAGUGUUGAGAUGGCUGUCUGUCAUGAUAGCAUGUACUGAGUCAGGGCUAGUACCAGAUAAGCACAUUAAACUAUAAUCCAUAAACUUAAGGUAACAACCGAGACCUAAUGGUGCUGUGACAGCAACGCGAUUGAGUUUGAGACAGUGAAAAUACAUAUGGUAUGUUGUAUCUGAACAGGUUAGCUUACGAGCUAAAGUUACUUAAUACAGAUGAAAGUUAAAACAAAGACAUUUAGCAAACUGUUAAAGCACACAAACUAUCGUCAUAUGAGAAAUCCAACGCUAUGACUCUCCACAAGUUAUCCUUCAGGCUGUUUUCUUUGAAAUGUUUUUAAUCAAAAAGCGCUCUGUUCUCAGACACGUAAACAAUCAGCCAGUUGGCCAUGUUGGAUAUAUCUGACGUGAAUCUGACGUCGCAACAAAACGCAAUCUGAUUGGUCAGAAGUGGACACACAGUAUGCGAAACUUUAGAAAAUUCGACUGUGAUCCGAAAAAAUAAAUGCCGCAAUAUUGCAGGAUGGGAAAACGUUGCUGAUGUGAAUGCUUGUAUUGACAGGAUACAGGUUUGAAAACAAAUAUUGAUGUCCGAAGUAAUCGCACGAAAAAAAUGCUCCCGGUGUGUAAGGACCUUCAAACUGUAAUUUCUUAUGGUGUGAGUGGGUAGGUGGUAGCUUCUGACGGAAAAGGGGCCUGUUUUAAUAUCGCCAACAUUCAAUUUUCUCAUCCAGCCAUACAUUUGACUUUCAUUGGUCAAAGCACUUCAGUGUGUAGAGGACAAGACAAACAAUGAGUGCUUUGCCCACAAGGGGCGCCAAAACUGACAUAAACCAAAAGUUCCUCACAGGAGCUUUAAUCAGCAGAAGUACAUUACCUAUCAUUAGGUGGGGUAAAUUGGGUUUUUGGGUAUUUGGUACAAGAAGAAGCGGUAAAAAGGAGCUGAGUGGUGGUUAACCAAAACCAAGACCCUCCAUGAAAAAAGAACAAGCCGAAAAAGCAUAAAAGUGUGAGUAUAAGGCACCAGUCAGUUUCUGUACUCUGCAGUUCUCCCUUAUUACUGUGUUAGUUAAUAAUAACCUCUCACUUAACAGUCUUCCCUGAAUUUUACCCUACAGAGUAGAUUUAUGAUCAACUUAUUAUAGUUUUUUUAUGUACCUUUAAGUUGUUGUUACUUGAUAAACAGGAGUUGAAGGCAGUUAUUUUCAGCUGUUGUACACUUAAAUAAAGGAUAGAUGAUGUAAAAACAUCUUUUCUAGGACAAUAUUUUGAUUGGUUUGGACUUCAAACUGUACUUGAUAAACCUAAUGUGAGCUUGGUGCAGCCAAAAAGUGAAUGACUAAAGCUCCUGUGAGGAACUUUCUGUUAUGUUAAAACCCUGUGGGCAAAACUGCAAGUUUGACCUCUUUGGCUAUGUUCACUCUGCAGGUCAAUUCUGAUUUUUUAACCAUAUGUGACACAUAUCUGAUUUUUUCAUGGAAGUGUGAACAGUGCAAUUCUGAUUUUUUCAAAUCUGACCCAGGCCUGUUUUGUAUGUGGAUAUAAAUCGGAUAUGUGUCCGAUGUGACUGCAGUGUGGAUGCUCAGGUCGCGUUCAUCCGACCUAUACGUCAUCAAUUUGAGACAAACGUCACCAUUGUUCGACAACACAAACAGGCGCAGAAAGCUAUGGUGGAUGAGGGAACGGAGAACAACCAGCCAACAUGCUUUGUGCGCAUGCGGGUCACUUCAUGGACGGAUUCCGUUCACAUUAGAUGCCGCAUUCGUUGUUGUAAUGUGAACGACCGCAAAAAAAGAUCGGAUUUUCGAUCCGAAUUGUGCACCAUAACCUGCAGUGUGAACGUAGCCUUAGUUGCAUUGGCAAGAGGUGCUCAAGGAUGAAAAAUAUCAAGCUGCCUUUCUUUAAUCGUCAAUUUAUCACUCACUGUGAAUAUUCGCUUGAGUAAAGAAACACAAGACAUAUCAUUUGGUUUGACCCCUUCCCCAUUAUGAACAGUGAAAAUCAUAAUAAGGGAAUUGCCAAGUUUGUUGGUGAUGCUCUUGUUUGCUUUUAAAUAAUUAAAUUAAUUAAACACAAAUUAAAUAAACAUUUAUUAAAUAAAAACCUCCCUUUAUGAUUAAAAAUUUGCUUUAUUUAACUAUAAGACAUUUAUGGACAUUUUUUUCUCAGUGAUCUGUGCUUUAUUAGGAGAGUAAUUUUUCAUAAAAGUUUUGAGAAAUGCAUGAAACAUCUGUUUAAAUCUUCAUUUUCUAAAAUUGCAAAAUGUUACUGUUAGUUUAAACAUGUUUCUCUUGCUGCUACAUCUUUGUUAUCAGUACAAAUGUUUCUUAGAGAACUAUAAAAGCUGUGUUUAUAAGUUCUGUCUUUGUCCUCUCUCCUCAUUUCCCACACUUCUUCUUUUCCUUCCUCUCCUCAUUUCCUUCUGCCUCUCCUCUCUCCUCUCCUCCUUUGCUGCUCCCCAGGCUCUUCCUCAGUCAUCAGUAAUGACGAUGACUCUGCCAGCCCUCUUCAUCAUGUCUCCAAUGGCAACAACACCCCAUCGUCCUCGGAGAUGGGUCCAGACGCCGUGAUCAUUGGGAUGACAAAGAUUCCUGUCAUCGAGAACCCGCAGUACUUCCGUAACUCGGGCAGCAUGCUGAAAUCUGACACGUGUGAGUUACCGCCUCGCUCGACAAAUAGCAUGUAACCUGGACCUUUUCUGAUAAAUCCAUGCAGGGGUCACCGCCGGAUGCCAUUUUUACUGUUAGUAUCCUUCCUGUGUUGUGAUAGUGACUCCUGCUCUGUGGAGAUAACGGACUGUAAACCUACAGCUGAUGCUCAGAAAGUAAAAUUUUAAUCCAGGAACAUAACUCACAACAUUUUUCUGCACUUGUGGUCUCUACUAUCACUGAAAAAAGAUCAUACAUGUUGAUUCACGGCUUAGAGGCUGAAAAUCCAACAAGUUAAAAUGUCAAAUGUUUGACGGUUUCAGCAUUUGAAAUAAAAAGAUGUGCUUCUUCUUUCCUCUCUCUUUUUGUAGACAGGUUUCAUUGUAGCUUUGUUAGCUUUUGAAUGAGCGAGAUUGACUUGACUUUGAUUUGUCACAUUUUCAUUUUAAAGUUGUCCAGCACAUCAAGAGACACAACAUCGUCCUGAAACGGGAGCUGGGAGAGGGAGCUUUCGGGAAAGUGUUUCUGGCUGAGUGCUACAACCUGGUACCAGAUCAGGAGAAGCUCCACGUGGCCGUUAAAGUACAUGCUAGGAGAAUAUUUACUCAGAGAAUCAAUGUUUUUCAUUUAGUACUAAAUUUAUGGACACUCACAGAUGAUGUAUCUUACCUGUUUGAACUCGUCUUUGUGUCUUUGUCUUGGCUCAGACUCUUAAAGAGGCAAACGAGAGCGGACGAGCGGACUUCUACAGAGAGGCCGAGCUGCUCACAAACCUGCAGCAUGAACACAUCGUGACCUUUUAUGGAGUGUGUGUGGAGAGCGACCCGCUCAUCAUGGUGUUUGAAUACAUGAAACAUGGUGAUCUAAACAAGUUCCUCAGGUAGGACGAAGUUUGGCUUAUCACAUGUUUAACAAAUGGUUUGACAUUUAAGAGAAUAACUGAUUCACUUUCACAGCAAGAGUAAGAUGUGAAAACUUCUUCGAGCUAGCGGGAGGAUGGGAUCAAGGGUAACAGCUGUACCAGUUAAAGAGAAAGGGAAAGAAAAAUCUACCCACAAAUUAGGGGCUUAUAAAUUAUACACUAGGCAACACUAUCCUCCACAAUUACAGCACAUUCAGUGUCAAUAUGAUGUGAACUCAAACUACAAAGGGCAUGCAUAUAUAUUUUACACAUAUGUGAGGAUAGAGAGCAUCCAAUGUUUAUAAAAGGAUGCCAUCCCUUCUGAGGCAUAAGCCCCAAUUUCCACCGCAUCCUGAACGGCUACGAAAAGGCUGUAUCCACCUGAUCAUAGAUUUCACACCAUGCAAACGGGCGGAGACGAACAAGUGAAAGGUUUUUAGACAGCAUUUCACCCUGAUGACACCAUGGAUGAGGAGAUGCUGAUUCUAGAAGUCUAGAAGAAGAUUUCCCCCUCUGGAAGGACACAGUCUACUGCUUUUAUGGUUAGCCUCUGUGGCUAAGAUAAAACUUGUUAUCGCACAAUUGCAUGUGAAUCCACGGGUUCUUGUGAGUUCUCGCGAUUACAGCUGUCUGGUAGGAUCCGGUAGGAAUUGGCGUAUGGCGAGAAAUCACCCCCGUUCCGGAUUGGGGCCGUUCUGGAUGCAGUGAAAAUGAAGCACUGCUUUGUCCACAAGGGGCGCCAAAACUGUAACAAACCAGGUUCCUCACAGGACCUUUAAGGAAACAAGUUUUGCACAAGCUUGACUUGGCAUGUUGGAGCUGAAAGCCAGAAGGCUAUAGGCCGGCCUCAACUCCACUUUUUGAAUCUUGCUGAGUUGACUGAAAGUAAAGUUAAAGGUGGGGUAGGCAGGAUCUGAGGAAGUGCCAGUUUUUGGGGAGAAAUCUUGAAUGUAAACUCUACCCCUCCCAACCAGUUUUACCCUCAGCUCCUCCUCUCCCCUCCCUCUCUGCUCCAGCAAGCCCCGCCCACAAACAUACGCUCCUGCUCGCUUGUAUCAUUUUAGUUAAAUUCAGAUAAAAUGCAGAUAAAUACUUUAGAUAAUUACAAAUGGGACCCAAUCAAUGUGAAAGUAAACAGCAUUGGUGCUACUGUAGAUGCCAACAGACAACCAGCAAAAACAAUGUUUGCAGGACUUCUACAACUAGGAUAAAGUGACAUAGUCCAGGUCAACAGUUUAGUGGCGCUACAACAGGCAGCAGGUCCUGUUUGACAAGAAACACUUGGCUUACUUUGUUAAAGCGGUUUACCUGUCCAGCAGAAAAGUUACAGGGUCCGUAAGAUCCCGAAGCAUCCCCCAUCAUAUUGACCCGGCUCCUUAGCGCUUGUCCGAUCUACCUCCUUUUUAAGCGCCCGUUAUUCCGCCAAAGUCUCCGGUAUUUACUUUAUUUUCUUGCUUGUGUUGGCAGUCGUGGCUAAAGGAGGAUUCAGCCAAUUUUCUGUACUUUCUGGUUGGUUUCUACUGUCACAUAUUGUAGCACGCUAACUUUGUUUGGGCUCCUGAACAACACGGGGGAGCACCGUCUACCUCACAACCAAUCAACACUAAGGAGCAGCGUCCGCCUCACAACCAAUCAGGAUGGGGGAGGCAGGGAAUGGCUUUGUUUACAGUGAGAAAGAGCGGAGCGCUCUGAAAUUUUAAAAUGUUAACUACACAGACAUAACAAAACACAGCAAUAUCGUGUUAUUCCCAAAGGUCAUCAAUAACUAAUAGCUAUCGACUGAUAUUAAAAGCUUUUUUGUAUAUAUACACCACAAAAAAAGAUGCUUCUUUGACGGAUUCCUGCCUACCCCACCUUUGAGUCAGUGUGUCUGAUAUGGCAAGCAUAUGUAGCAGAGUUUUCAGUCGGUGUGCCUGCUGAGUCUGUUGUGAUUAAGUCUGAUUUUCAGGUGUUCACACAUCAGACUAACAAAACAUUAGGGGUUCCCAUGUAAUGAUAUGUCAUUAUAAUGUAUGUGAUAAUUAAAGAGUAGAAGUGAUGCCGCAGUAAUGAAAAUAAUCAGUUUUUAUGUGAGCUGUUCUGUUAUUGCUCUUAAAUUUAUUUUUUAUUUAUUUUUUAUUUAUGAAUAUUAUUGGUUACACAAAAUGAAACUUCCCAAGUGAGCUUCUGGUGGAUUUUGUCGACUAAGAAUCAAAUAUAGUAAAGAAAUAAUCAAAUAAAAUUCCUCAAAUAUCAAACUCAUUUUAUAUUUUACAUCUUUGCAUUUAGCAACUCAUAAUGUAAUAAUUGACCCAUAAUGUAAUAAAAUGUUACAUUAUUAAAUCAUGCGCAGAGACGUCAUUAUGUUGUGAUUUUAUUACAUUAUGAACUUUUAUUACAUUUAAGUAAUUAAAUAUAAAAAGAAAUAAUCAAAUAAAAUUCCUCAAAUAUCAAACUCAUUUUAUAUUUUACAUCUUUGCAGGAAAAAUUAUUAAGAUUGCCAAUAAAUGAUCUGGAUGGUGACAGUUUAUCUCUAUUUUCCUGCUGGCCAGUGUUGAAUGGGAGUUUUAGUUUUAAAUGUAAUAUGAAUCUAAUGUCAGUAAAUUUAAAUACUUCAUAAUAUAGAGACAGAUCAUCCCAUUAUUUCUAAUCACAUAAAGUCGGGGACAUUUAGUGUUUGAGGCAGUUCGUCCCAUGAUUUUUUCUCAUUGUUUUAAAUGAACUGAUAAACUGAAAUUGUUAACUAAAUGUUCCUGGUGCAGGUCCCACGGUCCCGAUGCAGUGCUAAUGGCAGACGGUCAACACAGCAUCCUAGUAGAGCUCACCCAGUCCCAGAUGCUGCACAUUGCCCAACAGAUUGCUGCUGGCAUGGUCUACCUGGCCUCCCAGCAUUUCGUCCACAGAGACUUGGCAACCAGGAACUGCCUGGUCGGAGAAAACCUGCUCGUCAAGAUAGGAGACUUCGGCAUGUCCAGAGACGUCUACAGCACAGACUACUACAGGGUAAGUCCAGAGUGGUUCUGAUUAUUUCUGCCCUUAUUCUUUUAUGCACACAGAUGCACAAAUACUCACUCAGCUCUGAUAUACACUCAGAAAUAUGGAAAUGCAACCACAUACACACUGUUUUGAUUAUGUAAUUGGAAUUUUAUUCAAGUUUUGCUUGAAAUAACUGUGCGGCUGCAGAAAUGGCAAUUUAACCAGAGGUAUUUUAUCUUUUUUAAUACUAUUUAAAUGCAAAUUCUGUCAUCUGCAUAAAAUUACUGUUUCCAUGGUAAUAAGUGCCAACAGUGCAAAAAUGUAUCUGUAUUUUUAACAAUAUUUCCUGUCACAUUAAAAGCAUCAUAUUAAACUUAGAGUCUCAUUUUAAGAUUUGACUAAAUGUUGUUUAAUACUGUCAGAAAGUGAUAAAAGAAGUGACCUUUUUAGGAGCAGAUACAUGUAUUUUUCCUCCUCUAGUGUGUCCUAGAGCCCAGCUGAAUCCCACAGUGCCCUCUGCUGGUCGAAAAGGAGAAAUACAAACACACGUAAAACAUUCUCCCGAAGAUGCAUGCGCCUGCAUCACAUCAGGAGAGAGCCUGUCACCAACUCCUCAAAUCAAAUGUUUUAUUAAAUGGAGCACAAGCAUAGACACAGCAAACAACACGAGGCUUUCUAAUCUGCUAUAAAGUGACGAGCAAAGGAGGUCGUAACGUACAACAAACCAGAUCAACCAGGAGUCUUCAUAAAUCUCUCAUAGAGGACUGUCUUUUCUCAACAUCUGGGAAAGAGGAAUUAUUUAAGAGUUAUGUUUUCGCAUCAGAGUCAAUCCACCACUUUAACAUCCAAUUACGACAAAGUACAAAGACUGAAAAUGUCCAAAAAUGUUCCUCCUGCUUUUACAGUCAAGCAGUCCGCAUAUUUGAAGCACUAUUAAAUUCCCUAUAUAAAAAAGUCGUUAUAUAUAUGAAAUAUUGUGCUGGUCCCACACAGGAAGUCGUAUUUGGUGUAAAAGUCGACACUGGCUCAGAUAUCACAGGUUUUACAGUAAUUGAAUGACAGUGCAAGUGAGUUCAAGUCGGUGGGGUGAGGUGAGGGCUGUGAAAGACUGGAAGUACAGUAAUGGUGAUUGGAUAAAAGUGUUGACUGGAAGAGGGGGAAAUGUAUUUUAUAGACGGUAAAUAACUUAUGGAAGGAGACAGGGAGGCUGUGAUCGGAUAAGAGGUUUAGAGGGACUAACAGGCUGUCUCAGGAAUGCCUGAGUGACCUAACUGAGCUGAGUGAUCCUGAUUUUAGCUAUUAUGUUUACUGUUUUACUCAAUUAUAUAGCAAGGGGUGUGUAUUGUCAUUUUCUGUUAAAUUGUUUUGUAUAAUUUAAGAGAUGUCCUCAUUUCACCCAACAUAUUUAUUGUAGGGGGAGUUGAAGAGCUUUGUCCAAUUGCUCACUUCUCUGUACCAACUAUGAGAGGUUUAAACUUUUAUGACGUAGUUAUUUUGCAUUAUUAGGUAAGCUUUACUGACAAACAAGGACGCUGAAGGCCUGUCUUUACACCACCUCUUUGCCUCUUGGCUGAAAGCAGGGAUGGGUCAGCAUUUCCAACAUGGUGACUGCCAACAAAAGGCUUCAUAACUCCACUUUGGAAACAUCACAGAGAGACUGUGCCCCAUGUUUUAUACAGUUUCUGGAUAUUUCACUUAGCUAUAAUCAUGGAAACGGCUGAAGCCAAAAUAAUUACUUCUCUUGGAAACACAAGUUUCAGUGAAAUUUUUGUACUUUUGAGACGUCUGAGGAACAACUACCACAUGUGACUGAAACUAUUCAAAUAACUUACAGUUUGUGGUGUCUGCAGCUUUAACCCUCUCUGUAGGUCAUGCCUUUGGUUUCUGGCGGACACAUCCUCUCUGACUGUUACCCUCCCUGUCCUCUCUCUGCAGGUGGGCGGUCACACAAUGCUGCCAAUCCGCUGGAUGCCCCCAGAGAGCAUCAUGUACCGGCGGUUCACCACAGAGAGUGACGUGUGGAGCCUUGGCGUGGUUCUGUGGGAGAUCUUCACCUAUGGGAAGCAGCCCUGGUACCAGCUCUCCAACAAUGAGGUCAGUGUCACUGUGACUACACUCAGGCUGUAGCGAAAUGACAGGAUCCUUUAACACAACCUUCAGACCCAUAAAUAACGUAUUAUCAACACUGCUCUACCAACAGACUUAAAGGGAUAUUCCGGCAAAAAAUUAAUUUAGGGUCAAACACAUGAUAACACCGAGCUAGACACCCCCUCAAGAGAUGAAUUUUGUCGACCGCUUCCUUCUCUGGUUAUACCAACUUUAGUAACGACCGCACAAUAGCAAUACACAGCGGUCUGAGGAGCCAUAAAAAAACCUCAACCAAAACGCCACUCUAUAGCCACAAAUAAUGCUCAGAACAGCACCUAACUUCAUCAACAGUACAUAAAGAGUCGUAGCCAUAGUAUUAGCCACCAAACAUCUUGAUUAUGAAGGUUCUUGCUUGAGCUGCAUCAACCCGCUGCAUUCUAUAAUAGACUGGCCGGAGAUCUCGCUACAAACAAGCGGCUGCUGGAAAAGAGUAGGUAAGUUGUGUUUAGUCUAAGUGCUAAAGCAAUUAAGCAAAGUUAAAAAGAUGUUUGGUGGCUAGUACUAUGGCUGGGAACAGCCAGUGGCCUACCAUUGUGCUUUACAGUAAAAUAGACAGAGACAAUAAAAACUAUAAAAACAAUAAAAGCAUAAAACAUAUAACAACAAUAUACAUAAACAUAGCAAAUAAAUAAAAUCAAUAAAAACCCAAUAACAGUAGCUAUACUUCUCCAAAAGCUAAAGUGAACAGGUGCGUCUUCAGAAGUGUUUUAAAAGUGGAAAGGCUAUAUGUACUGUUGAUGAAGUUAGGUGCUGUUCUGAGCAUUAUUUGUGGCUAUAGAGUGGCGUUUUGGUUGAGGUUCUUUUGUAGCUCCUCAGACCGCUUUGUAUUGCUAUCCUGCGGUCGUUACUAAAGUUGGUAUAACUAGAGAAGCAAGCAGUCGGCAACAUUCUUCUCUCGAGGUGGUGUCUAACUCGGUGUUACAGUGUGUUUGACCCUAACUUAAUUUUACGCCGGAAUAUCCCUUGAAAAUAGAUCUCAAACACAGUAUUUAUUUUGUUUAAUUUAUUGUGUAUUUUUACUGUUUUCCCCUGCAGGUUAUUGAGUGCAUCACACAGGGCCGAGUGCUGCAGCGGCCCCGCACCUGUCCUAAAGAGGUCUAUGAUCUGAUGCUGGGCUGCUGGCAGAGGGAGCCCUACAUGAGGCUCAACAUCAAGGAGAUCCACAGCAUGCUGCAGAGCCUCGCCAAGGCCUCGCCUGUCUACCUGGACAUACUGGGCUGA